CUCCCCUGCACUACACUGGUGGCCCCCGACCAAUUUCAAGGUCUCCCGCAUGUUCUCGACCUCAUCAAUACUUUUCUGAUGCCCAAGACAAUUGACGCCGCCGUGUACAACGACCUGCAGCGGGUUAUUCGAGUAUACGGAGAUGUUCGCCCCUGGACAGUUGGAGCCAUGGACGGAGCUGCCGCCCGAGGACGCCUCGACCUUCUCCAGUGGCUACGCGCCAACCGAAUGGAGGGCUGCUCGGCCGAGGCGUUUAAGGGUGCAGCCGCUAAUGGCCACCUCGACGUUCUUCAGUGGCUUUAUAGGGCUUACCCUGAUCUGUCUGAUAUGGCGAGAGAGCUCGCGACUGCUGCUCGUCAUGGCCACGCACAUGUU